CCGGCAUGUUUCUGGUCGCCUACAGGAACUGUAAGGACCCCAUUAUGCCAACCCAGCAUUGCAGUCAUUACGGCUGCUAGAGGGAGUAAUUUACAAUGGAGUGUACUGAUAUUCUUGAUUCUUUGGAGGACCUAGGAUACCAGGGUCCACUCCUAGAGGACGGAGCUCUUGAGACGGCUGUGACUGGUGGUGCUGCAUCUCCAGAGUUCACUAAACUGUGUGCCUGGCUUGUGUCUGAGCUCAAGCUCUACUGUAAACUAGAGGAGAAUGUGCAGGCGACCAACUGUCCGAGCGAGGCUGAGGGGUUUCAGCUGGAGAUGAGUGGUCUUUUAGCUGAGCUGUGCUGUCCAUAUCCUGCUCUCAUCACCGGAGAGGUCACUAAGCGUCUGCUGAAUGCCAACAACUGCAUGUUACUGCUGAGCUUCUUGAUCUCCGAGCUCGAGUCGUCUAGGAUGAUCCUGGUGAACCAGCCCCAGAAGAAGGGGCAGGAGACGGGCGGCAGUAAAGUCUUCAUGGAGCUGAAGGGCAUCUGUAUGGCUCUGGGCAUGUCCAAACCUCCUCCUAACAUCACCAUGUUCCAGUUCUUCAGCGGUAUUGAGAAAAAGCUGAAGGAGGCUUUGUCCAAGGUCCCUUCAUCUCAUAUUGGAGAACCUCUGCUGAAGAAACCACUGGGCCCUGUGCAUUGGGAGAAAAUUGAAGCAAUAAACCAAGCACUUGUGAAUGAGUAUGACGUCAGAAGGAAGAUGUUGCUGAAACGACUGGAUGUGACGGUGCAGUCUUUUGGCUGGUCGGUAAAAGCCAAGACACAUGCUGAUAAACUUUCGAAAGUGUACCAGCCUCUUCGAGUGGUGCUGGCCGCUAAAACCAGAGUGUCUGUGGCUCACCUGUUUGCUGCUAGAGAAGAUUUAUCAAAGAUCUUGAGAACCAGCAGUGGUCACAUCAGGGAGAAAACAGCCUGUGCCAUUAACAAGGUCCUGAUGGGUCGUGUUCCUGAUCGAGGAGGGAGACCCAAUGAGAUCGAGGCCCCACCUCCAGAGAUGCCCACGUGGCAGAAACGGCAGGAUGGUCCACAAGGGGGCGGCGGAGGACAGUACUACUCUGGUGGUGGUGGAGGAGGAAGAGGUGGUGGACGAGGUGGCUACGAUCAGCAGCAGGGUGGCCGUGGAGGUCAUGAGAGAGGAGGUGGAGGCAGAGGUGGGAGAGGAGACCACCGUGGAGGUAAAGCGCAGGGGAACUGGCAGGACGGCUCUGGCGGAGGUGGAUACCAGGGUCAUUACCAGGACGGUGGAUAUCGAGGAGGAUACGGAGGAGGAGGUGGUGGCGGCUACCAAGGAGGCCAGCAGGGAUCGGGCUACCAAGGAGGCCAACAAGGACCUGGGUACCCAGGAGGAGGAUAUCAGGGCGGAGGUGGGGGUUACCAGCACGAGGGCUACUAUCAGGAUGGAGGACGACACCAGGAGAGAGGAGGAAGGGGUGGGGGUGGGCGUGGGGGUAGAGGAAGAGGAGGAGGAGGAGGAGGAGGAGGAGGAGGAAGAGGAAGUGGGCAGGGAGGAGGAUGGGGUGGAAGAGGAGGGCAGAAUUAUAACCAAGGAGGGCAAUUUGAGCAAUUCUUUCAGCAAGGUGGGCAACAGUAUAACCAGGCCGGCUUUGGCCAGGGAAGACAGUUUACAAGCUGAAAACAGACUGUUACUGCGAUCUACAGCUUCAAAAAGGACCCACAGUUCUCUGAGGGUGGGAGACCGAGAGAGACGCAGGCCUCUGAAUGAGCAGACAGGCAUUACAUCUCAUCAUUCCCAUGGUGCCUCUGGAGUCUGUUUUACAGAGAUCUCCUCUGAAUGAACAAUGCGCUUCUACAUGUGUGCAGUUGGUUUAAACGGUUCUACUUCCAGCAAACCAAUUAAACUACUUUAGUUAUUUGGAAGUGCGAGGUUGGGUUGCCAAAAACUCCUUGGAUGAACUUUGGUGUGUUGCUGGGUUUAUUUUCUUCUUCCUUCCUCAUUGAUGAUUGACAUCGGUCCAGUCUACUGCCUGAUCUCGCUGCCCCGACUCUGAAUCUGAUGAAGCCUUAUACUAGGAAGUGAUCAAACUUUUGUUGUUCUAGUUUUAUUUAUGGAAAUGUUACUUUGACUUCAUUAGUUCUCAAUGUCCAUCCUGUCAUUUCAACUUGAACAUGUUUUUUUCUUUUCUUUCCCAUCUCACUCAGUGAGAUGUUGUUAACAUGAAUAAAGAUCAGCUGAGUUCUCGA